CGGUGAGGCAGCGGCCGGCCCCGCCGCCAUGGGCAUUAAAUUUUUAGAAGUUAUUAAGCCAUUCUGUGCAGUUUUACCUGAAAUCCAGAAGCCAGAAAGAAAGGCAGCAUCAGUGGUUGGAAGCAGAAAUGUGUUACUUACACUGUAUCUGUUUUGUGUGUCAGUUCAUGUCUCAUUUUAGUAGCUGCUGUGCUCUUGUCUGCAGUGAACACACAUCCCAGUGUUUACAGUCCGUGGAGGAGAGAUCCAGUUCAGAGAGAAGGUGCUAUGGACAGCCAUCACUCUCUUCAUUUUCUUAGUGUGCUGUCAGAUACCUUUAUUUGGAAUCAUGUCAUCAGAUUCAGCAGAUCCUUUCUACUGGAUGCGAGUCAUUCUUGCAUCAAACAGAGGUACGUUGAUGGAAUUGGGUAUCUCUCCCAUUGUGACCUCUGGUUUGAUCAUGCAGCUGCUAGCUGGAGCAAAGAUCAUUGAAGUCGGUGAUACGCCGAAAGACAGAGCCUUGUUCAAUGGAGCUCAGAAACUAUUUGGGAUGAUUAUUACCAUUGGGCAAGCCAUUGUCUAUGUUAUGACUGGAAUGUAUGGAGAUCCUGCUGAAAUGGGUGCUGGCAUUUGCCUUCUCAUUAUAAUUCAGCUAUUUGUUGCUGGCUUGAUUGUGCUGCUGUUAGAUGAGUUGCUACAGAAAGGUUAUGGGUUGGGAUCUGGUAUUUCCCUCUUUAUUGCUACCAAUAUCUGUGAAACCAUUGUCUGGAAGGCGUUUAGUCCCACUACCAUCAACACUGGCAGAGGAACAGAGUUUGAAGGUGCUGUGAUUGCAUUGUUUCAUCUUCUGGCUACGCGAACCGACAAAGUCCGCGCCUUGCGGGAGGCUUUUUAUCGACAGAAUUUGCCCAACCUCAUGAAUUUGAUUGCUACAGUCUUUGUAUUUGCUGUAGUCAUCUAUUUUCAGGGCUUUCGUGUUGAUUUGCCCAUCAAGUCUGCCCGGUACCGAGGGCAGUACAGUAGCUACCCCAUCAAGCUCUUCUACACCUCCAACAUUCCCAUCAUUCUGCAGUCUGCCUUAGUUUCAAACCUCUAUGUUAUUUCCCAGAUGUUGUCUGUUCGUUUUAGUGGCAACUUCUUGGUGAACUUACUAGGACAGUGGGCAGAUGUGAGUGGCGGCGGCCCUGCUCGUUCUUACCCUGUUGGUGGUCUGUGCUACUACUUGUCCCCUCCAGAAUCCAUGGGUGCAAUAUUUGAGGAUCCUGUCCAUGUAAUCGUUUAUAUAAUUUUUAUGUUGGGCUCCUGCGCUUUUUUCUCGAAGACUUGGAUUGAAGUGUCUGGUUCAUCAGCAAAAGAUGUUGCCAAGCAACUCAAGGAACAGCAAAUGGUGAUGAGAGGCCACAGGGAUACUUCAAUGGUUCAUGAGCUUAACAGGUAUAUCCCUACAGCAGCUGCGUUUGGUGGUUUGUGCAUUGGUGCCCUUUCAGUUCUGGCUGACUUUCUAGGAGCCAUUGGGUCAGGCACUGGCAUUCUGCUUGCAGUCACCAUUAUUUAUCAGUAUUUUGAAAUAUUUGUAAAAGAACAGGCAGAAGUUGGAGGAGUAGGAGCGUUAUUUUUCUAGAUGUCCAAACAUUUCAUGUUUGUGGGAAAGGGAAAGUAUUUUGACAACAUGAGUCAUUUAGUCCAACGAUGCUAUUUUCUUUUUACUUGUUUUCAAGUGCUACAUGUCCCAUUGCUGUAAUGGGCCUUGAGCAAUGCCUGCGUGCAGCAUCAGUACCAGCUGCCUUAAGAAUAAAGUUUACAUUAUCUUGUUUGAGUAUAUCUAAUGUUGCCUGUAAUGCUGGAAACCAAUUCAUCUACCUUGCUGUUCAGACACUACAGUGAGAUGGUAAAAUGUAUCAGUUUGGCGCUGGUAAACAUUUUUGCAUACAGCAUAAAAAUGUUAAAUUUAUUUCCCCAUCCUUAAUAGGAAAAAAAUUAAUCUGAGUUCAGAAUGCCACGUGCCAGUGUUCUUGAAAGAGUUGAUUUGUAGCCUGUACCUUAUUUUUUUUUUAUACUUUUUUAACUUGUAUUUUGCCAUCAUUGAACUCAGCACUCCCUUCUCCUUGGUGGUGUCCCCACCCAGUCGCCUGCCCCUCAGCUCCAAGGCUGGACAAGCAAACAUUUUACCAGAGACUGAUACCCAUCUCAUCUGUGAACUGGUUUUGUGGUGGAUUUGCUGCAUUGCAAGGCCUGGGGCACAUCAAUUCCUUGCCCUGGGCUUCCUAUGAGACAGCAUGGUACUGCUGUCAUGCUGCCAAGCCAGCCCCGUAGUUUUGUUUUAAACAUGUAUUUGUGAAGACUGUGCCACUGAAACUUCAUGUCCACUUUGCUUUUGUGAGUCUAAAGAACAAAGCCUGGUUCCUAAAGCGGUGUUCAUAGAAGGGAAGGGGGGAACGUGAAGUUCCUACUGAAAACUUAUUUAUGUUGUUGCACUUUACAGUGGCAACGUAACAAGUGUAAACAUUAGACAAUAAACUUAUUUAAUUAAGCUCU